GCCAUCUAAAUCUCGAGCCCAAAAUGCAUCGUCCCCCUCCUCCUCCCGUGGCAUCUUGGCUGCUACUCCUGCCUCCCUUCGUCUUCCUCUGCCUCCAGAACCAGAUCGCCCCCUCCGCCGACCCGCCUCCAGAUCGGAGCAAAGCGGCCCCCUGUUUGCUUCGCGGCACCAGAUCAGCAUUCCCAUUAGGAGAAGCAAUGUCGGCAGUAAUCACAAAGUUCGCCGUCACAUCUAUGGUGAUGUGGAUGGCCCCAGUUGCAAUCAUGUAUGGGUUUAUCUACCAGAUUUUUCCAGGUGUCGGUCAGCUUUCCCCCUCGGCGCAAACCAUGGCCAGUGGAUUCCUUGCUGUCAUCUCGGUCAAUCUAGUGAUCGGCUUUUACAUAUACAUGGCCAUGAAGGAGACUCCCCAUCAAGAGCCCCAGCCUGAUCCAACCUUUCUGGCAAACGCCAAAGCAAGCAUUAACCAGCCAACUUCUUCUCAAGUGAGUGAUGAUUCCCAUGGGAAGGGGAAGGUCGAGUAGGCUGUAGCGUAACUUGAGUUGGGUUUUAUGUCCAUGAUACACAUGCUAUCCAGAGUCAGUUGGGUUAUGUGCUUUUGUAAUAUUACGUCCUUCUAGUUUGAUGUAGUUGCUGGAAACUUUCAGAGUUUUGGAAGCUAUAUGAAGAUGUAUCUUUGUACCCAUUAUCAGUAGAUACUGUGUUCAACCUAUUUAAUUUUGUUA